CUACGAAAUCCUUGAUCUGACUGUCUAUGGCCAGUGGCGUCCUCUGUUCUGGGCUUUCUCACAGGUAGGUGAGUUUGUUUUUCAGAUCAGGCACAUUAGCAAAGCUAAUAAGUGGUUUUGAGAAGCAGCAAAAAUGAAAACCACAUGUUUCAUGUAUAUAAACAUGACCCUGAUCUGAUUUUAGUGGUAUCAAUGUAGACCAGAAUUCUGUCAUGGUCAAAUUGUACCCGAUACCGGGAUUUCGCAUCAUUUGAAUGAUAAAAAUUUUGAUGUCUCAUCAUUCUAUGACAAAUAUUAGAGCUAGAAACAGGACGGAUUUGGGACGGCUGAUCUCCUGCAAUGUUCAUCCCAUUAUCUUUUGUUAUUGCCCACAUCCAGCGGGGAUUUUAACAUGAGAUCGCAAACUCGGUUCGCCGAAUCGGGUAUUCGCCACAUCUAAUGAUUUUGGUGAUUAUAUUCGAGAAUUACAUCUUUCUUUCUUAAAAGUUUUGUCAACUUGAUCCUUCUCGGGAUUUGUCCCGAAGUAAUUGAACUGCCCCAGCCUUUGAUUGGUCGUCGUACUCGUCCUUGUGUACGUGCAAAACCACACUCACUGAAAAACUUUGAUUGAACGAAGGAACCACAUGGCGGGUACUUUGAGUCCGUGACAACAAGGACAACCCCCUCCCCCAAAUAAUUGGUGUAUGAGAUCUGCCGUAGCUUAAUGUAGUGAAAUAUACUCGAGGAGGAUCUUUGACGAUGAAUAAAUUAAAAGCAUAUCGUCCCGAUCUCAAGAAAGCUUGACCAUCAUAUAGCACAAGCUGGCAAGCUUGGGUCAGAUAGAGAUAAAAGAACAAGAAGCUCUUAAAGCUUCAGUAAUUGUCCGUCUCUUGAUCCUCCGAUCGCUUUCCCAACCGUUUCUUGGCCCUGGUCAGCAAUGCGAAGAAAAAAAGAUGGGAUUUUUCAGACUGUCAGGCCGGCCAUUGCCUACCCAAGAAUUUCUUGAUUGGUUGUACGGCCACGGGAGACAUCGGGUUCUAGAAAAACCCAAGAGCUGUCUGGGGACACGUCGUCCUUUCAUUGGAUGGAGGGAGGCUAAAAAAGUCAAAAGGAGCCUUUUUGUGAUUAUGGGGUCUGCCCCUGUUCACAUGAGCACAAACUGUUUGAUGAUUGGCCUGUAUGAGACCUCCAAUUAUGUAGUGGGUUGGGUUGGCUGGCUGGCUCACUAGGGAGCUUCCCUUGUUUCUUAUUGGCUUUUGAACGCAUGUGUGAGGUGGCCUUGAGGGUGAUCUCGGGGGGACCGCAUUAGUGUGCGACCUGCUUGUGAAAAGUAUAAAGCUUGAACGAGAUUUCAGCGGCUAGUUGGUGCUCCUUAACUUUUGCUGGGGCUGGUGAUGGUCGUGCUUAAAAAAGUCUAACUAAGCAACAAAAGUGGCUUGUCCCUGAAAGUAACGUUGUCAGCAAAAGCGACCCACUAGUAUAGAAUAUGGGCUUUUCUCGAUUAUUUUAUGAGAAGCAUCAAUGUCAAAUGCAGGAGGCGUUUUCACAUCAGCAACUCAACCGUAUGUGAGGGGUAUUGUGUUGGGUAAGAGCUAUAAGAUUGAAUAAGCACAAGGUCUUCUUCUGUAAAGAAGGGAGCGAAAGGGGUAACUUUGGUCACCAUCUAAGGGAUUCUCCAACUUGCUCUUUCAAUCUGAAAGAAGCUUCUUCGAUGGAAAUAACUACCAUGAGAGGACUCCCGCAUAUGGGAAUGGAGGAUUCCGGCUUCAUCAAUCCUUGGCAAAUGCAUUCAUUUGAUGAGCUUAACACACUUCCGCUAGCAGCUGCACUGGGUGAACAUAUGCAAGGAUUUUUCCCUCAACCGAACAUCAAUUCGAAAGCUUCUGUGGAUGCUUCUAACUCCGUGAUCAACAGGCCAGUAAAACAGCUCAAAACAAAUAGCUGGAAUUCAUGCAGAGUUGAUCCUGUGUCAACUCCUCAAUCGUUCGCUCCCUCCAAUGUUCUUUCUUUCGUAGCUUCCAACUUCACAAAUCAAAGUAGUGCUGUGAAACCAAAAAAGGAGGCAAUCGGUUCUGAGAGCACUGGAAACGUCUCUGCUGAUAUGCUUUUUCCUCAGGGUUCAUUUGGGAACCAGAAUUGUGUACUUAAGGCUUGUCAUGGGGGUAAAGGGGUGAAUACAAACAAUAGGCUAUCUCAGACACAAGAUCACAUCAUGGCAGAGAGAAAACGGCGAGAAAAGCUCAGUCAACGGUUUAUCGCCUUGUCUGCCCUUGUCCCUGGACUUAAGAAGAUGGACAAGGCUUCUGUUCUUGGUGAUGCAAUUAAGUACUUGAAGCAACUCCAAGAAAGAGUCAAGAUACUUGAGGAGCAGACUCGAAAGAGAAGCAUGGAGUCAGUAGUCUUUGUGAAAAAAUCUCAGGUAUUUGACGAUGGCAUGAAUUCUUCUACAGAUGAGAAUUUAUCUAGUGGCCCUUGUGAUGAGCUGCUACCAGAAGUCGAAGCAAGAAUUUGCGACAACGAUGUCCUCAUAAAAGUUCACUGUGAGAAAAGUAAGAGAGUUCUGGAAAAGAUACUUGGUGAAGUUGAGAAACUCCAUUUGACCAUCGUUAAUAGCAGUUUCAUGACUUUUGGGACAUCUGCUGUUGAUAUAACGAUUCUUGCUCAGAUGGAUCCUGAAUUCUGCAUGCCUGUGAAGGAUCUCGUAAAAAAUCUGCGCACAGCUUUGAAGUCAUUCAUGUGACAGAAAAAUAACUCCUUGCUUCUGUUCACAUACGGAAUAACCGCCAUUUCUGUUCACUUGCUGUGUUUGGGAGCUUUAAGGACAAGGAAGAGUCCUUCAAACCAUCUCGAUAUCGUUUAUAUUAAUCUGUUUACAAGGCCUGUGAUGCUCCAUGCUCCAAGACCAUUUACCAUCAACGCUUUGCUUGCCGUGAGAUUCAUUUUGCAGGAGGGUUCUCCAUCUGAUUUUUGCGUGGUCAAUCUGUUGAUCAUGUUCAUGGCCAUCCUGUUCAAGAUUGUUCUUCUCAUGGCUCUUCAAGGUUUUUUAGUGGGAGGUUGAUAGUUCAACCAAACUGUUGUUUCUCUCCUUACAAUAUGAAGAGACUGGUUUUUUAAGAGUGUGGAGCUUGUGGCCUUUGUUCCUGUACUUGGUUCCGUCAGUGUUUUAGAGGCAUCUUUACAUGUUGAUAAGCCUCUUUUCCUUGUAAGAGUCUGUUUCAAGGUAGUGAAAAUAAAUAGAUGCCUUGUUGUAUUUCCAUGGUAUUGUCUGGUCUACUAAAUAUGAAAUUCUUGUCAACAGUUGUCCA